AUGUCAAGUGCUUCUUUUCUCUUGGCCAUGUUCUUGGUGGCUAUGUUCAUCGUUCCCUCCAUAGUAGGGGCAAUAGUUGAGCAGCGUGUAAGGUGGGUGCCUAAGACAACAGCACCAUGCCAAGGCUCCAUAGAAGAGUGCAUGGAAGAGGGUGAGUUUGGAAUGGACUCAGAGUCCCACCGGCGCAUUCUAGCGACCUCACAGUAUAUAAGCUACAAGGCGCUGCAACGUAACACUGUGCCAUGCUCAAGAAGGGGUGCUUCCUACUACAACUGCAAGCCAGGUGCAGAGGCUAAUCCAUACACCCGUGGCUGCCCCUCCAUCACCCGCUGCCGUAAUUCUUAGAAAAAUUACAACUUUCUGCAUGUUUGAGUUAAUGUUCUUCAGACUCAACUAUGUUUGCAAAAGGGUUGGAAGUGUAUUGGAAUAACUGUCACAACAAUUUGAAUGAACAGCAACUCAAACAUGCACUUAUUUUCAUUUUCUUACUCCUCUGCCUUCUAGUUAUGAUCACCUGGCUUGUUAUGUUUUACUUUGAAAGCUGUUUUAGUCUCUAUUUCUGUAAUUUUAUGUAAAUUAAUCUUCACUGGUGUGGCUACUGUUAAUAUAUUUGUGUUUUUUUUA